CGUGACUCCUCGCGACGAGAAUACUCCGAGAGAUCGAACAGCGGAGUUCGAAUAACGAUGAAGCGUGAUUCGACGACGGUCCGUCCAGAGUCGCUAUGCAAAAUUCCUGACUUGCCGCCGACGCCGACGCCACCACGAUCUGAAGUGAGGAAAGAAACGUCAAAGCGACAACAUUAAAACGCGUUUCGCGAAAACGUGCGCGUAGCCGAAAAAAAUUUUCUCAUUUUUUUCGUCCCACCUGUACGAAACCAACAUAAAUGCGCGAGCGACGAAUUUUCGCGGGUAAAACAGCAGAGUCCCGGAAUUCGAGCGUCUUCUCUCCCGCGCACGAGGAAGCGUCCCCGAAUUCUGAUUUUUAGGUUAUACGCGGAAAGGCGUCUGGUGACAGGUGACAGCCAAAUGUAAACUGACGUGUAACUUAGUACGGGGAGAGCGGACCUUCGCUCGUGUGCAGACUUGGGGCCCGUGUCUCCCGGAACUACCUGGGGAUAUGUAUUGGAACAGGACGACAGCCGGCGCCGUCCGCGAGGAGAUGCCGCUGAGCUCGAUCUGUCACGUCGCGAGCACGUCGUCUCCCACGGCGGAGAGCGUGAACCCCGGCACGAGCGCGCAGAUCACGUCGACCUGCUGCACCCCGCCGCCGUCCUACCACAAUAUAAAUCUUCCCCUGGGACACCCUUCCACGUUGACCAACGAACGCGGCGCGCCGCCCUCGUACGAGGAGGCGAUAGACCCCAAUGCACCACCACCGUCUUACGAUUCUUUAUUCGGUCGUAUGAGAGAGGCACGUAAAAUAUCCAAGGGAAUAUUCGACUUUUUGAAAAACAUCGUUUUCUUACUCUUGGGCACAAUCGGAUGUACCAUCAUUCUUGGAGUUACAAUAGUGGUACCGAUCUGUAUGAUGGUGAUCGGUGGACUUUAUCUUUAUGACUGUCCACAGGGUGAAUAUAUUCCUGUGUACUUGUUAGUGGGCGGAGGAUUUGGAGUAUUUAAACAAUUGUUAACUCUGUCGGCCAGAGUACGCCAACGUCAGGAGGAGAGAGACGAAGAAAGAAUCAGACAAUCGCCUACACAGACUCUGAUCAAUUGUUUUAUGCUCGGAUGGUUCAUUAUUGGUUCUAUGUGGGUAUACAAGGAAUACGAACCGAAUUAUGAUCCAGCAUUGGGGAAGUAUUGCAACAAGACAUUGUACUUAUUCGCCUUCUGGCUGAUUACAUCGGUCUACAUAUGUCUGGGUAUCAUAACGGCCGGCCUGUGCAGUAUUUCCGUAGCUAGCAUCGCGUUUCAGAGACCAUCGCCGGACUUGAUGUGAGAUUUGAGUGUGGCUUAAUCGCUUUGUCCAAACGCAUCCAUGAAACAGACAUCCAUGAGACAUACAUUUAGGAUCUUCCAUAUUUGACACGACCGUAUUUAUUGAUAAAAGGAGAAAAACGUUACGGAUACUAAGAACGCAUAUGAUUUUUCCAUCUCUCAUGAGAACAUCAUAUACCUAUCUGGGAUCGAUAAAUACGAAAAGAGAAGAGGUAAUGUGCUCACUCUUUUAAACAUACUAGAUAUUAAAUAAUAGCUCGGAAGAGAGAAUAUUAAAAAUAAUAUGGAAAGCUCCGAUUUGUAUAUAAAUAACGAAUAUAUGAAUCUCAUAUUUGGGGAGCAAAGCGACGAAAGUCACACUCACUUGAGAAUGGCGUAACAUCGUCCACCGAGUCGCUUCACGAAGGGCGCAAAAAUUUCGUCCACCUUUCACGUACCUGAAAUGCUUAAACGACUAUUUCGAAGGAAAUCGUUAGCACGUUAAACGCACAUAAAAUACUCUCGCGCACGGUACGAAUUUCGAACAAGAGAAAUCGUUCAAACGACUGUUCACGGCUAAGCGCGAUUAUUCCCCGUAAAUUACUCAAUUUUGUCGCGGGACGUAAUUUUCGCGACAUCGUAGAAUCGAGAGAACUGGAGGAAAAUAAUAAAACGAUAAACAUCGAAGUCAAGUUUGUCUCUCGGUCUGGACAACCUCUCGACGCAGGAACGAAGGGGGUAGGCGAGAGAAAGCAAAGCAAAACUUCGACCGGCUGUGUGUACAUCUUAUUCGCGGAUUACUCGCGAAUUUUUUUAUCUUGUGCCAAGUUGGAUAGACGCGGAGUCACAGACCAAAGUAUUUUGCUAUCAACAAAGUGUUGCUCGCCUGUCAGCGCGCGCUUUAUCGCGGUUUCUAUAUUAAAUUCGUUAUAAACUCGUCCGGGAUUUUUAAGGCCGAGUUGGGUGCAAGCUCGCACUAACGCUUACAUGGCGGGAUACGCUUUGGUACGACGGUCUAACAUAAUUCUACGAUAACAUAAAUGUUAGUCAUCGCACAUCCUUCUCUCGAUAUACUUCUUAUCUGUAUUAAGCACUUUACGGACUUGACUACAUAAUAGCGUACGCACGUAACUUCGCUUGCUCGUAACUUAUUGUUAAAAAGACUGCGAACUGUGCGCGUGACAAUUUCUAUAUAUUUAUUCUGCCCUCUCUCCUCCGUCCUUUUAUGCCUCUAAUCUUUAUUGGACCUUUACGUUUCGAUACGAUUCGUUUUCCUAUAGAAAGAGGAAGUCGCGUAACACGCGAUCAAAGAUUCAUGUUUUUUUUUGUUUCUGUUUUGAUUUUUCCAACAAUCUUUAUAAUUACAUUAAAAAACGACGCAAUAUUCGUCAGUAUUGUUGGAGCUUGCUAUUUUUCAAAAAAAUCAGUACGCUCCAUCGCGUCGUGCAAUAUAUGACGAUGUUGACAUGUGAAAUUUUGUGAUUCGAUUAAACAAUUGUAUUUACCAAGUGUAUAAUAUAUUAUUGUACAUAUUAUA